AUGCUGACGGUGACGCAUGCGAAUGCGACCGGGUCCGGCCACUCGUCACGGCUGGCCCGUAUCGCCGCAGCGACUCUGGGGAUCCUAGCCACCGUUCUGGUCACCUCUGGCCUCGCAAGCCAGCCGUUUUUGGAGACGUUUGGUCCCGCUGCUGCCUGGGCCUCCGAUGCGUCCGAGCGGGCUUUUGCGCCCAAGGACCGCGGAAUGGGUGCAACCAUGAAGAUGGGUCUCGCCGUGAUGUCGGGCGACGAGGACGCCACCGACAUCGCCGCUGACCAGGCUUCAGGCAUGGCCGCCGACGCCGCCUCCAAUGCCGCAGCCGCAGCAGUCGAGCAUGGCCCAGCUAUCGUUGAUGUGGCAAAGAUCCUUGCCUCUGAGGGCUACAAGGGAUUCAAAGAGGCCCAGGCCAGCAGUGAAGAGGAUCGUCGCAAGAACUAUGAGGGAGGCCAGCCCUCGGGCUAUGCAUACGGCGGUAGCAGCCCACACGGCCCGACCCCCCACGGAGGCGGCCAACUCGAGCAAUGGGGCUACGCAUACGGUGGUGGCGGACAAGACGGUCCGAUCUCCCAUGGUGGUAGCCAGCACGAGCAGUGGGGCUCCGCCUAUGGCCAGCAUCAGGUUGCUGCAGCAGAGGCCGCGGCUGAGGCGGCGAGGACACAGGCGGCGGCGGCGAGCGCUGCAAAGGCGCAUCUGGAGACCAAGCUAGCAGAAGCAACGGAGGCGGCCAAGGCGCAGACGGCAGAGGCGAUUGCCGCGAAGGCGAAUCUGGAGGCAAGGCUGGCCGAGGCGGAGUCCAAGCUUUCGGCAGCCGCGGAGGCUGCCAACAUGGAGACAGCGGAGGCACAGGCGGCCAAGGCCGAGGCGGAGGCCUUGGCCCAAAAGAUGCAGAAAGAGGCGGCAGCUUGGAAAGCAAAGGCGGAGGCAGCGAGCAUCCAGCAGGCGGGAUAUGGCCAGUCACAGGGGCAUGUGUCGCUCCCAGCCGGGUGGGCCUCGAAGGUGGUCCACGACGGCACCACCGACGAGGGAAGGACGUAUUACUAUUGCAGCGCCGAGCACCCGGUAGGUGGCAAGAAGCCGCCGUCACAGUGGGGGCGCCCCAAGGAGCCGUGCGAACUCCCAGCUGGCUGGGCCUCGACGGUGGUCCACGACGGCACCGCCGACGAGGGAAGGACGUAUUACUAUUGCAGCGCCGAGCAACCGAUAGGGGGCAAGAAGCCCCCGUCGCAGUGGAAGAUUCCCACCGAGCCGUGCGCGCUUCCGGCCGGCUGGGCCUCGGCCGCGGGGUAUGGCGAACACCGCGGCGAGUCGUACUAUUAUUGCGCCGCGGUCCCUCUCGAGCGGCGCAAGGAGCCCACCUCGCAAUGGGAGCGCCCCACUCAGGCGUGCAGCGAGGCAACCCACUCCCAGACUGCAAGCAAGGGCAAGUGCACAUACCAAGACAACAAUCUCCGAGACAGCGGACCGCGUUGCUACAUGGAGGGCAUUGCCGAGUGCGCCGGGCAGUGCCUCACGCACGCGUUCAAGCCAGCAUACUACACCAACGGCGCGGACGACCUGCAAGGCGUCUGCUACGAGACCAUCUCCCAGUGCACCGCCGGGAUCAACGCGCAAACUAACUGGAUGUCAGCAACCGGCCACUACCGAUGCUACCAAAACGAACGCGGCCGGGGCACCUCGACCAUAGGCGACUCGACCAAACAUGGUGGCAAUCGCCUAUCGUUCCGGGCAGGCUGGCACGGCUACGGCCGCCGGCUGCUCUUGUGA